AAUGCCAUGGACUGAUGGCUUGUCGACUUUAUAGUUUCACAUUCAAUCUCUCUUUCUGAACCAGAAGGUUUUGGUGAUUCAUCUCCUACUGAACUGGGACUUUCCCUCCAAUGGCUGUAGUAUGUUCUGAAGCAGCCUCACAACGACUCAGAGCACAGGUAAAAUGCCUACUCUUCCUAAGCAAGUUUUUAACUUUCUUUUCGUUGUUCUUCUCCUCAGGCAUCUCUCAGCUCAUCCCCUUCUUUCCUUUACAGGUUUGGGUUUUGAAAGUUUCUAUUCACUGUGAAGGGUGCAAGAGGAAGGUUAAGAAGGUUCUGCAGAGCAUUGAUGGUGUUUAUACGACUAUCAUUGACUCAGACCAACAGAAAGUCACGGUCACUGGAAAUGUUAGUCUUGAAACGCUGACCAAGAGGUUGGCCAAAGCAGGUAAACAUGCGGAAAUAUGGCCAGAAAAGCAAGGGGGAAAAGAGAAACAACUCAUCAAGAUGUUGGAGACUAACAAAGGCAACAGCCAAGAAAAUGGAAGAAGUCCGGGUACUAAUAAAGCUUCAGCAAAGAAGGUUGGGUUUAAGGUAAACCCUGUUGAGAACAAGCGUAAAGAACAGAAUGAAAAGUCUAAGAAUAUUGAAAGCUCUUCCAGAAGUCCUUCGGCGGGGUCAUCCGACUCCAAGGAGAAUGCUAUUGGACAUGAGGGUUGUUCUCCAGACAAAGGUGGUGCAGGGAAAAGUGGUGAAAAGAAGGAAACAAAGGGGCAACCAGGUAUUAGUGAUAAAUCAGGUUCAAACCACCAAAAUGGACAUGGGACACUCAAUGUGGAUCCAGAUGUGGGCCACAAAAAGGCUAACCCACUGGCCCAACAAAUAUACACGGGUCCAAAAGGUUGUUUUGUCCCUCCACCUACUUUGGGGUUAAAUUACAAUGCGCCGCAUUUAGGUAAAGGCCUUGAAUUUCUUUACAGUGUCCCACCGAUUCCAUUUUCAUAUUCAAAUGAUCAGACAGAAAAUUACGAGGAUCAAGCAAAGUCACAGGCCUACAUGGAUUAUUUCAGUGAAGAGAAUGCCCAUGGAUGCUUCAUCAUGUGAUCUACUAAUAUCGAGCCAAUAUCAAAUCAAGGACAAAACAAGAUGAUUUGAAGUGCAGGUUUUAAUGUAGUAAAACAGCUGAGGAUGAGUAUAGAUGUACAUGAGUGAGAUCCUAAAUGACAAGAAGGUUAACAAGUAGAAAAGUUUUGAAGGGUUGGGUGAUUCUAAUUUUUGGGUUAAAAAAACUUCAGGGUUAGUAUGCUCUCUAAUGACUCUGACUAUAAGUAAUCUAGAAAAGUAUUCAAUUUCAAUAUCAUCCCAAAAAGUUUAUUGAUUUGAAAAUUUUCAUCUUGAGAUAUUUUUUUUCUAGCUAGAACAAAUCAAUUUAUAUUACACCAUGUACACUGUAUAUCCCAUACAGUAUAAUGCAUUUGUGGUUACGCUUUCACUAACAUUCUAUUCUCCACUCAAAUCCAAAGCCCAUCUAACGUUAGCAUCUAGAGCUAACUCGGCAAAAGGUAAAUAGAGAUAAUGACAAAAGAAGUCAAAAUAGUAUGUAAUUGCUAGAGUUUUUCCAUCUUCUUGGACCCAAGCAAUUCAUAAGAAAAUGAUAGUAUUAGCAUUCUCAGACCAUUUUUUCCUAGUAUUUUGUCCAUCUUGGACCAACCAGUUUGCCGGUAAGUGUAAUUUAGCAGCUAUAACUAGUGAAGAGAGAUGAUGACAAUUCCCUGUGAUAUUUACAGGCGAACUUUACAGGGGAGAAGGGAACCAUAAACCAUCACAAUCACUAGGAAAGCCACAUGUAAACAAAAGUCAAUGCCGAAACCUGGAAAUGUUCUUAGCAGCCAAGCCUUUGUGGGAUCCAAAACUAAG